AUGAUUGCUUGGAAUGUCACUGCCAGAGACCCGCCUGCGAGUUUUAUGACGACUGCUGUCCAGAUAUUUCAGUGCCACUUCCAAAGCAAACCUUACAAUACCAAUGUCAAGGACGCUGAUCUAAGCAAUGUCAAGAACUCUAAUCUAAGCAAUAUCAAUAAUGCUGAUCUAAGCAAUGUCAAGAACUCUGAUCUAAGCAAUAUCAAUAAUGCUGAUCUAAGCAAUGUCAAGAACUCUGAUCUAAGCAAUAUCAAUAAUGCUGAUCUAAGCAAUGUCAAGGAUGCUGAUCUAAGCAAUAUCAAUCAUGCUGAUCUAAGCAAUACUAAGUCUCUGGUAACUACACUACAGUCUAGAGACUACCUGUACAGCUUCGCCGCCACGUCAGUGGAGAAACUUUUACAAAGUCAAGUGCAGCAUCAGAAGUUUCGUAAGGAUGUCGUGGUCCUAGACUCUAGUACUGGUGACAUGAUGGAGUGUUUGUAUCUACAGAGGGUUGUGACCAAUCCAUGUCCGGGCUACGAACUCGACACCGACAAAGAUAUAGUUGAAGCGUGCCACAGCAUGUCAGAUCUUCGAUACAUUGUAAAAGACCACGAGACGAGAGAGUUUGUCCAAAACAUCUUCUGCUCAAUUUGUCUCAAGGCCAAGUACCCAAGGGUGGCGACUCUUAAUAAAUGUACCAAAACUCAAAGUGAUUUCAAUUUGUCCGCACUGCCCGACACGCCCUUAGCAUUAGCUUUAAAUGACCUCACUGAGGCUUCACUGACCAUUACAACGGACGAGACCGAAUGCAUCUCUUCUACUACACAGCGGCUUGGGACACUUUGGGCUGACCCCCAAGGCAGAUGCAUACCAACUCGAUGUGCACCAGGAAAACAGCACAAGGGAAGUAACUGCAUUGAGAUCAUGAAAGAAGUUACCGAUCUUGUGUAUAACGUAAGACUCUGGUAUGUGAUAGACAAGAAAGACAACUUGGCUCAAUGGGAACUCUUCAAUAAAGUAUACACUUUGAAGAGUUAUCUGGAAUUGUUUUCUUUGCAGCUGGAACUUGAAUUGUUGGAGCUCACAUCCUAUUACGACAUUGACAUCGCAAUAAUACCUGAACGUUCAAGCUGCUAUGGUUUUGAACUUCACAAUCACCUGGCAGUAUUGUGGGUCAAUGCUAUCGUCAAGGGCCCCAACUCUACCCCAAGAACAGAUUUUGAGACCAAUCUUUUAAAGAAGUUACUCAAGAAAGACUUAAAUCUUCAGCUGCCUACAAAUCAAGUCAUAGUCGCAAAGCCACACGCCAUUUUUCAGGAUUCUAUUUUCGCCAAAGUUCAAUUAAAUAGAUUAUUUGGCCACAUUUUCUUCAAAGAAAAAGCCAAAAGUUAUUGGGUUAAUAAAAGGGGAACUACUCUCAAGACCCUAUUCGUUCAUACAUUUAAAAACUGCCUGCUGAUUUUGAAAAGCAUACAGCCAAGCACCAGACCUAUAUAUCAAGAGCUAGAGAGCGACAGAAAGCAUUAUCUCAAUGUGAAUCAAUUACUUCUAUGCCAGUUUAUCAGUUUGAAUCAAUCUGCUUACAAAAUGGCUAUCAAUGAUACAGUUAUACCACCAAAAGUUGCUAUAACAUUGGAUUUCAGAGUCACCCAGAUACACAUCACAGACAGUGACAAUCUCUUUAUGGUUGAUGUCAGUGACAGUGGACAACUUGAUGUUUGCAUUGAUAUGAUAGACAGAAAGUUGAUUGAACCAAAGCUCAGAAUACGAAAAAUUAAAAGCAAUAGGACAAAGAAUACUUUUUAAAAGCAAAGCUUAUCAUUUAAAAAAAAUUGCAGGGCUUAGCUCCCUUUCUACUAUAUAAAACAAAAUAAAUUUAUUAGUACCAAAUGAUUAACUAAUUGGUUAAUUUUUGGAUUGAUUCGUGUAUUGUUAUCAACUACGAAAAAUUAUUCAAAAUUUCAACUUGAUUCGAGAAUGGGAAGUGGGAGAAAAAACGUACCAAAACUUAAUAAGGGGGUUAAAUCCAUAUAAACAUCAACAUAUUUUAUGAAGUAGCAUUUAUUUUCCCUUUUUCGAUAUUAAA